AUGCCGGAUGAAGUGAUGCGAGGAGGGUUUCGGUACAUGAGUGCUUUCCUCGUCACGAACACAGGCACCUACGUGAACAUCACGGAUGUGCAGCUUGAAAUCAGUUUUCAACCUACAUGGUCGAAUCUGAGAGCAUAUCAGGGGUAUUUCCAUUGUAACGACGAGCUGCUGAAUAGGAUAUGGUAUGCAGGCGCCUACACGCUCCAAACCAACGCCGUACCAUCCAACACCGGCCGCUGGGUUCCCAUGCUCGCCAACGGCUGGGCCAACAAUGGUACUCUGGGACCAGGAGAGACCAUCAUCGUCGAUGGCGCAAAGCGCGAUCGCGCCGUCUGGCCAGGCGACAUGGGCAUUGCCGUGCCUUCAACUUUUGUCAGCACUGGAGAUCUCGAGAGCGUGAAGAAUGCAUUGCAAGUCAUGUUUGACUACCAGAAUCCAGAUGGCUCGUUUCCGGAAGCUGGACCGCCGUUAUUGCAGCAGAAUAGCGAUACGUACCAUAUGUGGACGAUGAUCGGGACGUACAACUACAUGCUCUACACCAACGAUGCAGCCUUUGUGCAGAAGAAUUGGGCGAGGUACAAGAGAGCUAUGGAGUAUGUUUAUGCUAAAGUCGAGGUGAACGGAUCUGGGUUGUUCAAUCAGACGGGCACGAGGGACUGGGCGCGCUGGCAGACUGGCUUCAACAACACCGAAGCGAACGUCAUUUUAUAUCAUACACUGCAGACCGGUGCGAAGCUCGCAACAUGGCUGAACGACACCGCGAUGACCAACGGCACUAGGCUGCAGGAUUUAUGGACAUUACGCGCCACGUGUCUUCAAUCAGCAAUCCUAACCCACACCUUCGACACCGCGUACGGCGCAUUCCGCGACAACGCUACACUCACCACUCUCUACCCCCAAGACGCAAACAGCAUGGCCCUCCUCUUCGGCCUCGUCUCUCCUUCCUCCGCCCAGGCCCAAUCCAUCUCCACCGCGUUAACAAAAAACUGGACGCCCAUCGGCGCCGAAACACCAGAACUCCCCGGCAACAUAUCCCCAUUCAUCUCCUCGUUUGAAAUCCAGAGCCACUUCACCGUCGGUAAUACACAUCGUGCGCUAGAACUGAUUCGCAGGAGUUGGGGCUGGUAUGCUAAUCACCCCAACGGCACGGGUGGAAGUACGGUGAUAGAAGGGUAUAGGACGAAUGGGACGUUUGGGUAUAGACAGGAGAGGGGGUACGGAUAUGAUCCGAGUUAUGUGUCGCAUGCACAUGGAUGGGGCUCGGGUCCUACGAGUGCGUUGACGGAGUUUGUGGUAGGACUGAAGAUUAGGGAACCUGCUGGGAGAGUAUGGGUUGUUGAGCCGAGGUUUGGCGAUUUGGAGGAGGCAGAAGGGGGCUUUGUGACGGGAUUGGGGAAGUUUAGGGUCGGUUGGGUGAAUAAGAAGGGUAGAGAGAGGUAUACGGUGGGGAUUGAGACGCCGGUGGGUACGAAGGGUUCUGUGAGGUUGCCGCUUGAGGAGAUGGGAACCUAUAUGGAGGUGAUUUUGACGGUGAAUGGUGAGGAGAUAGGAAAGGAGGGGUAUACUCAAGUUGAUGGACAGUUGGUUUGGGACGUUGAUGGUGGGACGUAUGAUAUACAGGUUAGCAGAUGGUCCGAUACGGUUGGUGUGAAAAGGGACGAUAACGAGGGAGGAUAUGCUAGUGCUGGUAUAAGGAUCAAUGGAGGUAGGAGUUGGAUGGUCUCAGCCUUGCUGGGUCUGAGUGUUCUUGGUGCUGUUAUGGGAGGACUAUGA